GUAAACAAAAUGGGUUCGGACUACAUUUCCAAGAGUUCAACGCAGGCACACAAUUUGAAAAGGCUCGUUGAUCGUCAUUCUGUGGUUUGAACAGAACAGCUUUGUAUGGUCAGCAUGAGAUCAAGUGGUGCAGCUGUUUUCACAAGACAGAAUCCUUUUCCUCGUGACCCCCCUUUGCCCAAGAGCCACUACAGCCCAACUAGAUCCAGAAAAAUCCCAAAGCAGCAAAAAAGGCUGGCAUUGAGUCCUGUCCGGUUUACUCCGAAACCCAUUUCUCCAGAACGUCACACGUUUCCUCUGAAAAAAGAGGACCCGGUCUUUCAUGAAGGAUCACACAGUGUACUCCUCUGUCCUCCAACAUCUGAUGAAUGCUUCUCAGAGUCUUGGCCUUCUACUGACCUGAGUCAUUCUACAUCCAGCAGUACAUCUUCUCCCUGCUCAGAAGCACAGAUGUAUACCACGAAAAACGUGGUUGCUAGAGAAACAACUGUGGCGAAAGAGCCCUCUGUGCUUGCAAAGUACAUUGAGCGUUUCCGUUACGGAAAGCCACAGAGUCGAGAGGAUCGUCUGCGUGAGGCUGCAGAGGAAGAGGACGGCGGAUUUUGGUGGAUGUCCACAUCCCCUCCAUCCAGUUCAACACCGACUCAAGCAUCAGAUAAACAUGCCAGAGAGUCCACUGGCCUCAAUGGUGCUCUGAGCACCCACAGACCCAUCUCAAAAUCUCAUGUCAGAGACAUGGAUGACCUCAGCAUGCUGACGUUGUCAGAGUUGUCCCACUGUGACCCAGAAGAACCAGAAGAGAUCUUGCAGCUACAGGAGCGGGCCAACCGUUUGCUUCAGAAGAGUGAGCAUUCUCUCGGCAGCGGUUCAAUGCCUAUCAGCUCUGAGGGUUUGGGUUGCUCUGAUUUCUCCUCCCCUGUCAGCGUAGAUGAGCCCAUCCGAAAACCAGCUGUGCCCACUUUAAUGGCCUCAACAAACUUGAUUUUAGACCCCAGUUUUUCCGAAGGACCGUCUUUUCACACACCUGCUGUUGGUUCUGUGGGGUCUGGGGUCCGACGUGAAGAUGACAUUCUGUUUCAGUGGCGUCUGAGGAGGAAGAUGGAACAGGCCAGGCAAUCAUGUCACGAGGCCUCUUCCCACAAUUCUCUUCUCCAUGUUCAUAUGGCACAAACUGUGGGACCAAACCAGGCACAUCACAGCCAUUUAAGCAACAUGCCUCUUCAGAAAUCACAUCUUGCAUUUACACCAGUUACCCUCGCCAGCCUCGAUCCUCCAACCCCGGAGCCAGCGCUACCUAUUUCAAGCCCCAGUGUCUCCAGACUCCAACCUGAUGCCACCAUCCGUCCUCAGGAGCAACCUAACCCCAAAAUCAAACCGGAUACCCUUCACCAUAGCUUAAGGGAGAAAAAUAAGAUAGAAGCCACUUCUGUCCCACCAAGACAUCACAGACAAAUCGGAACACAGGUCAACAUCGCAGAGACUAAAGAGGAGCACCACAGAAGGCAAAAAUCCUCAUCCCCAUCUCCACAGACUUCUGAGAGCACAGAGGGGUGGUGGCCAGAUACUCAGGGGAAGAAAGCCUCGACAGUAAAGGGGAAGACUGAGAGGCGUGAGAAGAGUGCACCGCCAAGUCGGAAGAAAAAUUCUGAACGUGUUGGCAGUCCAGUUAGGGCCCGUCGGGCUAAAGGUCAUGAAGGGGUCAGUCGCAAAGCUAGGGAGGUGAGUGGAAAAAGCAGCUUUCAGGAAGAGGGUCAAAGGUCGAAACAAAGAGGACGAUCUGGAGAUCUGGAGCCAUCCUCACCGAUACACAAUGCUCUGGGACAGGUUGUCUCUGAGGUGCUUUUUUUGGGCGUUGAUUCCCCGACCCAGUGCAAAACUCCAAGUUCAUCAGUUUCCUCAGCAUUUACCCCGCCUCCACCCCAACAAUCCCCUGUCACCCCUCCAACUGACGUGCAGCGACCAUUUGAGGUCAUAGAUCAACUUAUGCAGGAUGCAGAAGACUCGGAUGGAACAGAGUUUGAAGAUGAUCCCUUAUUGCAAGUCCUCAGACGACAAAGAAAAUGGGUGAAGGAACAACUCUGUGAGGUUGACAUGAUGCUUGAGCGGUUUCUUCCACUGACUGCUCCAACAAGCACAUGAUUUAUAUAUGAAAGCAGUGUUUCAAAUAUGUUAUCAUGUUAUUAUUUAUUUGUGUU